UAGUGAGAGCCUGUCUCCCUCUCCUUCUCUCUUCCCCCUCUCUCUCUUCAUCUCUCUCUCUCUCUCUCCGCCUCUCUCCAUAUCUGAUGGCUUGAAUGUUUCAGGGCACAGGCGGGGAGUUUAGUACAUGAAGCUUCAGCAACAGAUCAUGCUCUCUCGACAAGAAGACAUGUUCCAGAACAGCACAGAACCUUCACCUGACAAGUGAUUGUUUUCCACACUGUCAUCUCUCCUUGCUCCAGAUAUUUUCAGGCUUUUGUAGCUAGACAGUUUUGCCACCUGAUCUGAGACCUGUGGACUAACCUCAAGAAGAAGAGGGAAGAGGAAACGGACGGACCAGGAACGCAAACAUCUGACAACAAACGCACCUUACCCAACAGAGACUGGUAGAAGUCAGACGUUCUGGGUAACUUUAUCUACCCAUGCCUAAGGGGGAAUACACAGCAGACAGCAUUGGAGACAAUUCUGCUGGAAACUAGGAAUAACAAGAAAAAAGGGAAUUUUAUUUUCUUUCCUUUCUUAGUGUUUUUAUUUUUGUGCUUUUUUUUGUUGUUGUUUUGUUUGUUUUUGGUUGUCGGCGGUAUUUUUUCCCCCCAGUUGUUUCUCGGUGGUGUGGUGCCGUGAAAGUCUGCCAAGACGCCGCGUGCCGUGCUCCGCGUGAAGAAUGCCCAGGCGCGGUUGGCCAAGCCGGCGGAGCCGGCGCCCACUCCAGGGCUCUACAUGGAGCGCUCCCAGAGCCGCAUCAGCCUGUCGGCCUCCUUCGAGGCCCUGGCCAUCUACUUCCCCUGUAUGAACUCCUUUGAUGAGGACGAUGCGGAUGCGGAGGGUCGCAGGCUAAAGGGGAUCCAACGCAGCACGGAGACGGGGCUGGCCGUGGAGAUGCCAAGCCGGACUGUGCGCCAGGCCAGCCACGAGUCCAUCGAGGACAGCAUGAACAGCUACGGAUCAGAGGGAAAUCUUAAUUACUCUGGCGUGUGCCUGGCCUCUGAUUCCCAGUUCAGUGACUUCCUGGACGGCAUGGGUCCUGCCCAGUUUGUGGGCCGACAGACUCUGGCAACAACCUCGAUGGGGGAUGUGGAGAUAGGCCUGGCGGAGAGGAACGGGCAGCUCGAGGUGGAGAUCAUUCAGGCAAGAGGCUUGACCAUGAAGCCAGGAUCUAAAGGGCCCCCAGCGGCCUACAUAAAAGUGUACCUACUUGAAAACGGUGUCUGUGUAGCCAAAAAGAAGACCAAGUCAGUGAGGAAGUCCCUUGACCCGCUCUACAACCAGGUCCUGGUCUUCUCAGAGAGCCCCCAGGGGAAGGUUGUACAGGUUAUCGUCUGGGGCAACUAUGGCCGAAUGGACCGCAAAUGUUUCAUGGGCGUGGCUCGCAUUCUGUUGGAGGAGCUGGAUUUGACGACGAUGGUGAUUGGCUGGUACAAGCUGUUCCCCACCUCCUCCAUGGUGGACCCGAUGAUGGCGCCACUGAUCCGCCACUCGUCGCAGCUCUCGCUGGAGAGUACAGUCGGACCUUGCUGUGACCGCUCCUAAGAGUGAUGAUGGCGUCCCGCUCUGGCUCUUUCGCUACAACGCUUCCCCCACACCCCCACCACACCUCCACCCCUCUUUUGUGGGCCUGUGGGGUGUCUUACCUUCAGAGUAAGCAGCACUGCAGUGCAGAACUCUGGGUGAACCUGGGUGUGAACCUACAGUCCAAAAAAAAAUCACCUUGCAUUGUCUGGAGAAGGAAAAAAGAUUUGAAAUAAAAAAAUCACUGCAAAGGUGACUUGGGCAAGUCAUGUGACCCUAGGACAGCUGUAGGACUUGAGCACAAUAAUGUUCUUCAUCUUGGCUUGUUGUGUUCUUUCUUUAUUUCUGUCUUUCUUUCUGUCUUUUAUUGCUGUUUAAGAGGCAAAGCCUCAGAGUUGAACCGUCAUCUGUUUUUGCUCAUGUUAAGUGCUCAGAAAAGAAGGAAGAUGUCGGGAAGGAGUGCUGAACAUGAGACCCGUCGUUUCUGAUGGGACAUCCUGUUCGUAUGGGACCAGUACGUGCAAUAUGAAGGUUCAAUUGGGCUCCAAGAAUUAUUGAACAUCCAACCAACACAGAUGAAUACCCAGUUUUUGUUUUUAUAAAAAGCAGGCUCACUUCUCGUUUCCUGCACAAAAGUAGGCAAUGUGAGAUGAUCUGGACAAAUUCAAAGUCAUGACCGUCUCUUUGGUUGACAUGUGGAUACACGCUUGGAGCAUAGAUUGUUUUUUCUUGCUCUAAUCCAUCUCUUUAUUGUGCCAAAUAUCCAGCAAGUGUCUUUGCUUUGUAUCACGUGCCACUUCUGAAGGUUUCCUAAGGAUCUGAAACUUCAGACAUCUUUAUAGAAUGUGUUAACCUUCAUCACUGAUGUUUAGACUGGCGUAAUAAAUAGAAUAUGAUUUGUCUGAGGAAACUCUCAA